AUCCGCCGCCUGUUGGUCUUUCACAGUUGGUGACGAGUAUUAUGAAAAUGGCCUCGACCCUGCCCGUAGUGGCGAAUAUCCAGAGAAGAUGACGACGCUGAGCUCACAAAGUCAGCUAAACUCCGGUGUGUUUGGUUUCAACACGUAGAUAUUAGUUCAGAAAACCGACAGAAAGCAGAGGAACCGCGGAGGAACCGCUCCGGACCGCAGCGUAUUUUCCGUUCGGGCUGAGGAAUCACCAUGGAGGACAUCAACUCUAACAUCAACGCAGACUUGGAGGUGCGGAAACUCCAGGACUUGGUGAAGAAACUGGAGCAGCAGAACGAGCAGCUCCGGAGCAGGUCCACGAUGUUCUCCUCCUCCGGAGCCAUGUCAGCCCACCACAGACCCCUGAGCGCCGGCUACGACCCGUCCUCCCUGUCAGCGGGGACCGGGCUGGCCGGCUUCCCUGGGGUGGGGUUCGGCGGUUCGGGCAGCUACGGUGGGCCGCUGGAGAACAACCUCUGCUCCAGACCCAGACUGUCUCUCGACGGUAUCAGCUUAAAGAGGGCGUAUGAGUGUGAGGGGGCUUCUGCUGCCUCCUCCAUGUCUGCUAUGAACUCCUUUUACCCAGACAACGCCGGCGGGUUUACUGCUGACGGGGAAACCUCAAUUCUAGAUGAAGUGGACAUCUUAGAUCUUGAAGACAUGGACUGUCUAAAUGAAGACGAGGACAGCUGGUUAUACGAAUCCAAACUGAACAGCCCGCUGCACAAAACCUUGAGCCCCAUAGUGUGGUGCCGCCAGACUUUAGACAACCCCAGCCCUGAGAUGGAAUCGGCCAAGCGUUCGCUCAUCCACAGGCUGGACCUCACACUGUCAGCCAACAAGCGCAGGAGCCUGUAUGGAAGCCCGUAUCUGCAGCAGAGUUAUGGAAGCCCUUACAGCACAAAUGCAGCCAACAGCCCCUACAGCAGUGGCUUCAACUCCCCCUCCUCCACGCCCUGCAGAGUGCCCAUCGUCCGACAGCAGCUGAUGCCCGGUAACUCUGUACACCAGAGAAAUGCCGCUGCAGAGAGGAAUCCUCCAGCGAUUAGUCCGCAGUCAUCAGUGGACAGUGAACUGAGCACAUCAGAGAUGGAUGAGGACUCUGUCGGUUCCUCGUCUACCUACAAGCUUAAUGACGUCACAGACGUCCAGAUCCUGGCACGCAUGCAGGAAGAGAGUUUACGGCAGGAGUACGCCGCCACGGCGUCCAGACGCAGCUCAGGGUCAUCCUGCCACUCUCUGCGGCGCAGCACCUUCAGCGACCAGGAGUUAGAUGCGCACAGUCUGGAGGACGAGGAAGAGCCGGUACACAUGUCUUUCGCCCUGCCCUCCAACCGUUUCAGCCCCUCCCCUCGCCACUCUCCUCGCGUCUCCCCCAGGAACUCUCCCCGCUCGCGCUCCCCUGCCCGGUCCAUGGACUACAGCCGGGGCUCGCCGCAGCCCAUCAUCAGCCGCCUGCAGCAGCCCCGUCACUCGCUGCAGGGCCACGGCCACGACCUGCAGACCAACGUGGUUAAGAAUGAAGAAAAGCUCCGCAGAAGUCUUCCCAACCUCACACGCUCGGCCGCGGUGACGGCUCAGUCGCCAGAACCCGUCAAGAACAGUCGCAGCUGUGAGUCCAACCUCCAAGUGCCAAACGGCGGCUCUCCUCGACACCAGAGCCAGUCAGCGACUGCUGCUCAGCUCCCGAGAUACUCCGCUUCUUCUCGCUCAUCCCCGAAACCCAAACAGCUCCUCCAAAAGCCAACUGCCCUGCGAGUCCCACUCUCCUGUUGCUUUGGAGAAGAAGGUGAUUUCAUCCCCUCUCCCAGUAAACUCCGAACUCCAGCCACGCCAUCCCCGCUGGCUUUGAGACAGCCUGUCAAGGCCACCUCCACCCCUAACUCUGCCACCUCCACCCCCACCCGCUCACUGGCUCCCCCCCGCAGCGGCCUUCCCCGACCGAGUGCUUCUGCAGGAGGAGGCAUCCCUUUGCCUCGAAGCAAGCUGGCUCAACCAGUGCGCAGAUCUCUCCCUGCUCCAAGAACUUACGGCGGCACAGGUGACAACUGGAGAGAAGGUUGUUACUGAGUGGAGCCAGCAGGGGGCGCUCUAGUCACACUAUCCACAGAAGGAAGGAGGCAGUAAACAUGGCACUUUAUGUACCUAGAAAAAAAUUUCCUCAGAGACAGACAAGCAUGUAUAAAUCAGAGUUUGUUUUUUUUUAAAAAGAAGAGGAGAGACUCCACAGCGUGUGAGAAAGAACAUCCCAUUAUUGUUCUCUGGGGGGGCUGGCUCUGUGGGGAGGGGGUCGGGCAUGUAGUGCACGCCACAGAGAAAAUGCCAAAGAAAAGCGGGCCGCCUUCAGGCGACGCAACGCCUGCAGUCACGUCUGCAUGGCCAGCCUCCCUCCCUCCCUCCUCUGUUCUCCUGUCGCCUCCCUCAGGUCGAAAUGUUUCCACACAUUUCUGUUAUUAUGCUCUGUGUUCAGCAGAUGUCGGUGAGUGAUCUCUAUGAUGAUGAUGCCGUGCAGGUGAACUGUCCCGUGAUGUUGAGACAAUUGUUUGAUGUCUUUUAACAGUGAAAGCACCUCUUGUGUGGGUACAAAUCUUUAAUCGUUCCUCUUAAAAAGAAGAAGAA